GUUUGUAUUCUAUACCAGAGCAGCAGCUGAUCUGUCGCAAUUUAUUCGUUCACCUUUUGUUGUUCUGUUGUUUUUUUCGUUUUGGUAAACUUUAGUUUAAAAUUUGCCACAAACAGAGUUGAAAAUGUCCUCGGCCAUUUCACAUGAAGAAUUUCAUCGUAUCCAAACACAAUUACUGGAUCUUCGGACAGCAAAUUAUACUCUAAUGGAAGAAUCAAAUCGAUACAAGAAUGAGGCAAAAAACACUGUUUUGAAACUUGAUAGUUUGGAGAAAGACUACCAAAAAGCCCAGCGUGCUCUGGAAAAGAGUAGAAAAGCAAAAGAUGUUGAAAUGUUGUUUGCAGAAAAUGAUGCUUUGCAGAACAAGCUCAUUUCUCAGGAGGAACAGUUCAGAGAGCAAAACCAGGCACUACUUCAAGAACUUGCAAAUCUUGUUGCAGCCAAUGAAAAACUUGAAGCACUUGUGAAAUCCCAGCAGGGUGGACGUGAACUCUCUGAUUCAUAUAGCCAAUGUGAUUUAUCUAGAGAGCUUUAUGAGAAGCUCCUAUCUGAAGAAAAACAGCGCUUCGAGCUGCUUAAUGAACAGUUCUGUGUGAAAGUCAAUCAAAUGACAGACCUGACUGCCACCUUGAAUGAAAUGAGGGCAAGUUUUGAUGCACAAGUAAUGUGUUUAAAGAAAGAAAUAUCACUUUUGCAAAUAGAAGCCGAGAAAGUUGGACCGUUGACGGAACAGUUGGAAAAUAGUAGCAUAGAAAAAAAUACCCUAUGUAACGAAAUUAAUCAACUUAAGGAUCACGUUGAUCAUUUAAAACAUUCCUGCCAACAAGAAAUAUCUCAGUUACAUGAAGCACAUCGCAUAGAAAUGGAUACCCAAAAAACCCUUCACGCAGAAGAAGUGAAGCAAUAUGAAAUUCAGGUUGAACUGGCAGCCGCCCAGAGAGCGGAAUUUGAAGAUGAAGCCGCUCGAGCCCGCCAGGAAGCUCAGGAUGCCCAAGAGGAUGUUCGUAUUGCUGAACGACGAAUUUUGUCUGUCACGGCCGAUUUAAGAAGGCAGUUGCGAGGAGAGCGCCGAAGAGCUGAUAAACUUCAAGAGCGCCUUCGUGACGUUGUAAGUGAUGCUUCCACUUCGCUGCCUAAAGCUGACGUGUCGAUCGAUCAUGACAACUGCUCAGUUUCCUCUUGGAGCUUGAUGAGCGGACAAAACGAUGGAAAUGCCCCAGCCACGCCGUCCUCUCCCUUCCCACCAACGGAUUCACCUAGUAGUGGCUCAGAGAAGAAUGGUUCCCGGUCAGAAGGAGAGCAAGCCCCAGACUUAGCCAGUGAAAAUGCCCGAUUGGUUAACCGAUUGGCGACGAUGCAACAGGAAAAAUGGAGAUUGGAAGAACGAGUUCUCCAUUUGGAAGAGACCAAUGCCGCCAUGGCUGAUGAAAUGGUCAAGCGAGGCAAAUUAAUUCAACAUUAUUGUAUGGAAGGUCGCUCUAGUCCAGCGAAACCAGAGAGUUCCGGCUCAAUUUCGUUCAGUCCUGGUAGUGAGAAACUCAGCGUACGUAGAAUGGUCAGCCUCAUCCGGCAGAUCGGUGGGGAUGCUGAAGGAGAAACAGAUGGCCAACAACGUCGGCUAAGGCGUAUGCUCGAAGAGACCUUGACGAAGAACAUGCACCUUCAGGAGGAUAUUGAACGACUUUCUCAGGAAAUUGUCCGUCUUAGCCAGAUCGUUGGGUCGAACAAUACUUCUCCAGUCGUCCACCGUUUGCCUUCUAACCACAUUGAAGCUGCUGUUAUGAAUUCGGCUUGACUAAAUACCUUGGUCACCAGAGAUCUGACUGAAACUCGUGUUUCUGAAAAACAAUUUCUUUUACAAAAUUUUUGUAUUAUUGCGAAAAAUGCGGUUUAACAACGAUGUUCGACAUCAAGCGGCGCAGGAAAUUGUGGUUCGUUAUAUAAUUUCAAAAGUGGGAUUCAUAAAAAAAAAAAUUAAACAGGCAUCCCAUAUCUUCCUUGUCUAAGAAUAUCAAUUAUUACAACAUCUCGGAAGCUUAAAGUGGGGUGUAAGUUUGUGUGCAAUCCAAGACAAAAAAAUUAUGUACAGCAGAUGUUGAAUGUUUAAACAAAAGAAAGCUACAAUAAACAAAUCCUACAUACAAGGCUUUACAAAAACAA